CUAGGAACUAUAGAGUCUCAUCAAUAACUUGAACUGCUAAAGCAAAAACCAUAGGUCAAUGGCAAACUCCAACACCAGAAGAAACCCUCCAGCGGUUCCCUCAUCAACAGGCGCCAAUUCAAUACCCAAAGUCCAGUACCCAAAGGAACUCAUCAGCUCGUACGGAGCAGCGUGCGAGUCCAACCCGGAUUUGCGAACCUUCAAUGCUAACCUCCAAGUGAGGACGAACCAAGUCCUCAGCACUCUUGCUUCCGGGGUUGAUGUCCAAGCUCUCUCACUGGAUUCUCUGAAAGAGAUAACGGAGUGCCUCUUGGAGAUGAACCAGGAAGUGGUCAAGGUCAUCUUGGAUAGCAAGAAAGACAUCUGGAGAAAUCAAGAGCUGUUCGAGCUUGUUGAGUGCUACUUCAAGGAUAGCUUGCACACCCUCGGUUUCUGUGCUGCCCUUGAGAAUUGCUUGAAGCCUGCGCGCGAUGCCCAUUUGCUGGUUAUCGCUUCGCUUCAUUGCUUCAAAGAAGAAGAUGGGGAGGGAUGUUGCAGGUACUCAAACACCUUGGAGAAAUUGACCAAAUUCAGGGAGACUAGAGACCCCUUGACUGAGUUCUUCGAGAUCUUUCAGAUUAUCCACAAGCAACAAAAGUCCAUGCUCGAGAAGUUGCAGAUCAAGAAGAAGGAGAUUGACGAGAAGCUCAAGAGCAUACGCACUUGGGCGAUUGUCUCAAACAUUAUACUGAUUGCGACUUUCCAAGCCAUGCUGAUCUAUUCGGUCGUGACUGCUGCAGUGGUUGCUCCGCCAUUCACUGCCGCUUUAGUGGCUGCAGUUGCCUUUCCCAUGGAUUCGGUGGGCAAGUGGAUCGAUUCCCUUUGGAAGAAUUAUGAAGAUAUAUUAGAGGGAGAGGAGGAGGUGAUCAACUCAAUGCAAAUCUGUACCUUUGUUACUCUCCAGGUCCUGGACACAAUCAGAGUUCUUAUUGACCGUUUGGAGGUACAGAUCAAGAGCCUCUUGCAGAUAGCUGAUUUUGCGAUUGACGGGGGACCAGAGGCAGUGAAGCUCGGAAUAGAAGACAUCAGGAAGAAGCUGAGAGAUUUCGUGAAGGAUGUCGAAGAACUGGAAAAGCAAGCCGAUAUGUGCCUCAGAGGAUUAUGAAGCCCCCCACCAAUUGAAAUGGUGCCCCUGUAGUGCCAUGGAGAACUGUUGCUAAGGGUUUGUUUCAUUGUGAAGGAUGUUAUGUGAACCUCAAUUGCAUUGCCUUCUUAGUUCAAUAAAGUGGAAGACAUCAACA